AUGUUUGUGUCUGUGUGGUCUAUCAAGAAUGCCGGCAUCAAUGCAGCCUACGAGGAGUUGUGGAAGGACGACAACCACGUCGGCGUCGAGGAAGCUGCGCGUUUGAUGCGCGAAUAUCGGGAAAAUCAGGAGAUGAUCGACAGCCUUGGUGGUCGAUUUUAUCAGAUCAUCUACCCUGUGCAAUUGAGACACCACGAAAAGAUUGGGAUCUCGACAAGGGAAGCUCCUGCUGCCAAGGGUCGGGGAGAUGACGGUCGUGGUGCAUACAUACCCAAGGGUGCCUCUCGCCAUUAUCAUCGAACUUCUCUCCUCAUAAAGUCAUUUAGUCACAAGUUUCGCCUGGAUUUGGAACUCAACACGCAGCUGCUGGCUCCCAAUUUGCUGCAAAAACAUUAUCUCCACGGAGGGGCGGAGCAAGUUUCCAAGCAGGAGAUCGAGCAUUGCUACUACCACGGGACGGUGAAGGAACUCCCAGGGGCGAUAGCAGCCCUUCGUACAUGCAACGGCGUCAGUGGGAUCCUCCAGUUCGGGAAUGAAACUUUCGUCAUUCAACCCUUUGUCGGCGGUGAUCUCUCGAGAAAACAUCCACAUGUCUUCUUCGAUGCGAGCUCCAAAGUGCCUCAGAAAUGUGCGAAUUUGGGUGUGACCGAAUGGGGCCUGAAGCGACAUCGAAGUGUGGAUCAGCGCAGAAAGCGACACCAGGCGGAAACUAGCAACGUCGAGGAAGGUUUUGGCCUGAAAGAGAAGGAGCGAGUGAAACGAGACAUCCGAGAAGUGACCAAAUACGUGGAAGUGGCCCUGGUGGUCGAUAAAGCGAUGUUCGACAGGAGGAAUGGAACGACGCGGAUGGAGGUGGUCCACGACGCAAUCCAGAUCGCCAACAUAGCGGAUUUGUAUUUCAAGAGCCUGAACACGAGACUAUCGGUGGUGUAUAUAGAAACGUGGGCCAACGAGAAUCAAGCGAAAAUAGAUCCUAACAAGGACAUCUCUCAAGCCCUGUUCGACUUCAACAACUACAUCUCCCGGAGGCUGUACAAGGUCUCUAAGGAUACCACGCAGCUCCUUACGGGUCUGAAAUUCUCCAUGGGAGACACUGGGAUGAGCGUGCCGGACUCGAUCUGUACGAGUAGGGGAGCAGGAAUCAGCGUGGACAUCAACAUCUAUGAGCCUCACGUUACUGCCUCCACCAUGGCUCAUAUGAUUGGACACAACAUGGGAAUGACUCAUGACGACAACCGGGAGAAUUGCAAGUGCAAAUCGUGGCAUGGCUGCAUCAUGUCCAAGACGAUCGUGGGAGAUGAAUACAUCCAGCCCUAUACGUUCUCCGAUUGCUCAUUGGAUGAUUAUGUGUCGAGGCUGAGGAAGAGGCAUGGGCUGGAGAGUUUGGGGAAGUGUGGGAAUGGAGUUGUGGAGGAGGGGGAAGAAUGUGAUUGCGGGGUGAUAGAUCAAUGUGAAGAAAUCGAUCCUUGCUGUGAUCCCAUCACGUGUCGACUGAAGGCAGAGGCUGAAUGCUCUCAGGGGCCCUGCUGUCACAGCUGUCGGCUAAGACCAGCGGGGCAUUUGUGUCGGCCCCCGGCGACCGAGUGCGACAUUCCCGAGUACUGUGAUGGAGUUCAAGGACAGUGCCCCCUGGACAUCUACAAGAAAAACGGAAAUAAAUGUGAUAACGGGGCCGGCUACUGCUUCAACGGCAUCUGUCCCUCUCGGAACACCCAAUGCCAACAGUUUUGGGGCUUUGGGGGCACGUCGGCAGAGGUGGACUGUUAUGCCCAGUUCAAUCAGAAGGGCUGGAUAUAUGGCCACUGCGGUCGUGAUUACGUGGGGAACCUCAAAGGAUGCCGCCCUGAGAACGUCAUGUGUGGGACCCUUCAGUGUCAGAUGGGGAAUCGUAAUCCGGUGCAACCCGGGAACGGGCCUGUGAAUGCCACCGUCACCAGGAUAUCCUUCGAUGGCAAGGAACUCGAAUGCAAGGCGAUCUAUUUCAACGAUACCAGGCAAGGGAUUGGUCUCGUCAUGGAUGGCACAGCCUGCGAUGAAAACAAGAUCUGUGUGAAUCAGACGUGUACGAGCAUCUAUCCGUACGUCAGCACAGGGCAAUGCCCAAGCAAUCACGUUGCUUUCCAAUGCUCAGGGCAUGGGGUUUGCUCAAACGUAAACACCUGCGUCUGUGAUGCGGGAUGGGGAGGAGGAGACUGCUCCAUCCCAUCAGCGAUUCAAGGUGGAGCGCCACCCACGCCGAUCCCGGCACCCACCCCGGAUCCCAAUUUUCCUCCCAACACCCACCUUCCACCUACUCCCCAACCUGGAACUACUCAGGGGCCUUCCUAUACCCAUACCAAGCAGACUGAAACUUACGACACCAGUGGGACGAACACGGUGUUCAUGGUCAUUGUGUUAGUGUCCGUCGUGGGUGGGGUGUUCAUAUUAUUUGCCUUGAUGGCCUUGUGCUACAGGUCAGUCGUGGUCCACUCUAACCUCUCACUCUGUCUCAGACGGAAGAGUUCUAUGCCCCGGUCGGAGCUUCCUUACCCGAAGAAACCUAUUCCAAAGAAACUCUAUGGAGGGGGGACUUUGAAUGCCCACGGAGCAAAGGAAGAAGAGACGGCCUUCGAUGCCGCCGGACGCAUCAUCACCUUUGGCACCAUGCCUUCUUAUAGUGGAGAGCACCUGAUGGGUCCCAUGACUACCCCUCAUUAUGGAAGAAGAACCCUGCAAGGAGGAAGCAGACACCCCGGGGGACUCGCUGAUGAUUCUGCCCCAUGUGACUGGGGAGGAGUUCCGGAAUCAGAGCUGGUGUCAUUCAUCCAAGUCGGAGGCUUGGAUGGAGGUCAAGGAGGUCGGAUUCCUGAGAAGGGGAUUUUGAAGAAACCCAUGCCGAUGGACGAACACGAUUCUCAGGAACUUCUCUCUGGAUCCGAUCAUCAGUUGGAUACAGAGCCAUCAGUGCCGAUAAGUGAAGUUGAACGAACCCUGAAGAGUAUGAACGGGUAUCACGAGGACAUCCUGGAUGCCUUGAGAAGUGCAGCCACUCAGCGAGCAGUUGGCGGAUACUCGUCAGCAGGCUCUGGCCCCUCCCUCAGUGACGAACAUCGCAAGUCUUUGUCUGAUGGAUAUCCCGACUAUUCCACCGUCCCUUAUCCCCACAGUAUCAGACGACCUGGGAGCUCACUGGUGGAUGAAGAUGAGGUCCCACCUUGCGGCCCGAUCCGCAUCCGCAACCUGAAGGACCUCCUUCGCCAACUGGAGAGCGGGUCCAUGUCAGGCCGGCACCUCUCACCGAACGGGUCCGAGGAUCUCCGGACGGGGAGCGAGCCGGAGGCGGACCGAGGGGUGAUGCACACCUGCACUUCCUCCUCCUUGCGCCCCGGACUGAUGGAGGAGGAGUCAGUGGGUCACGGAUUCGUUUACGGGAGGUACAGGGGACCCUCAUCCUCGUCCAAUCCCCGCUCACGUGAAGAUCUCUAUCAGUCUCCUCCCGAUGACAGGGACAACCUGGAAUCCGAUGGCGAGGAGUACGUGGAGACCGGGACAGGUUCGGGAAGCCGUCGCAGUCACUCGGGAAUGCUGCGAUCCGGGAGCGAGGAGGCCCUGGUGAAGGGAUUGGGACCAGGGCAGGUGGCUUACGACUCCAGUUCCCCGGAACCGCAGCGGGUGUCGGUGUCACCCCGUCCCACUCCUCCUCCGCGAUACUACGCCUCUCCUCCUUCGGACGGCGAAUCCUUUCCGGGUUCGCUGGACGACUCGCUCCCGGCCACGGAUGACUCCAGGGACCGGGACCGGGACGUCUAUCCCGAAUAUACCCACUGACUCCUUCUUCCUCGUUCGUUGCUCAAUACGCCCUGCUCUCUUCGUUCUCUUCUGCGUUCCGUUCGUGAGCCCCGUGUUCGAGAAUCGAGGCUCAAAAUGCCCGGGGCCAGACUCGUCACUCCUGCCAGUCUUUCCUGUCACCCGACCAGAAGAGAUCGAGACUCUGAUUCCAGGUAGAUCUCAAUGAGGAAUGCUCAAUCUUGCGAGAGGACUGUUUCGGACUCGAAUUCCUUCAUCUAUCAGGGAUCAAGUAAGACGAUGUGAGUUUUGUGACUGCACGGCCCAGUGUGAUAGGGGGGCCGAGGCUGCCAUGUACAGCGUAGUGUGCUUGAAGUUGUUUCCCCCUUUUUCGACGUAUACGACCAUCUCGAUUCCUUGUUUCGAUUUCCCCUUUUUUUCCACCCCUUCGGGCGCAGAUCUCAGUAAGAAAUAAAGAAUAUGUAGACGCUGUCUCAGAUUUGCA